AUGGACGACAUGGAGAUGGGCCAUACCCAUGGCUCGAUGGGAAGCACGUCUGGAGACGGCGUUCCGAACCUUUUCUUCCUGCAGCACAUGUACUGGGCCGUCGUAGGGAGCGCAAUAGGCGUCGCAGCUCUGAUCAACAUUACCAACAAAGCUUUGUACUGGCAACGAAUGACUGAUCACGGCAAAGAUGCACCUGCGAAACCUAAGAAUCUACUCUUCAGGUCAUAUGCAACGGCGACAGCCAUUGGUCGGGAAAUCUCCAGUUCAAGCAUUUCGUUGCCACUGCCACAGACAUGGCAAUGCUUGUCUCCUCUGUUGGGAUGUUUCUCGCUAGUCCUGGCGGAUGCCGUCCUAGUCAUUGUGCUCUGCUUCUACGGGCUCAACCCAGGCGAUCAAUGGCAAUAUGAAGAUGUCGGGUACCGCACUGGCUUCAUCGCCGCAACACAAUUGCCUCUCGUCGUUCUUCUCGCCGGCAAGAGAAAUAUCAUUGGAUUCCUCGUCGGCUGCAGUUACGAACGGUUGAACUGGCUACAUCGAUGGGUAUCUCGAAUCCUUUUCUUGACGGUAUCAAUACACAUGGGUUUUUGGUUUCGAAGCUGGGCUAGAUAUGACUAUAUCACUAUCAAGCUCGAAACAGAUCCCAUUGUUCAACGUGGGUUUGCCGCUUGGUGCAUUCUGCUGUGGAUUUUCCUGACUUCAUUUGCCCCAAUCCGAAGAUGGAACUAUGAAUUUUUCAUCGUGCAGCACAUUGUGACAUUUAUCGGUUUUCUGGCUGCGGUAUUUCUGCACUUACCUGCCGAGGUCAAAGGCUACGUUUGGUUACCGAUCGCAUUGUAUGCUUGCGAUCGCGUAGUACGAACGGUAUUUAUACUUUUCAACAACUUGUCUAUCUUUCAUCCACGUCGAAGUGGAAAUAGCAUUUUGGUCCACAAGGGCAGAUUGGAGCCACUGAGUAAUGGAGCCUCAAAGAUCGUGAUCAUUGACCCAUCCUUCAGAUGGCAACCAGGCCAACACGUGUUCCUUUCGUGUCAUGGGAUUGCACCGCUACAGGCACACCCUUUCACGAUCGCUACCCUAAUGGAAGAUAAACAAUUAGAAUUCAUCAUAAAGUCCAAAUCCGGUGCGACGAAACAUUUCUUUGAGGCGGCGAGGAAGCAUCAAGGCCUUCCAACGUCGAGCACAGACCUCAGCUCUCAAUACCUCUUCCCAAUAAUCAUCGAUGGCCCUUAUGGGACCAUAAGGCCUUUGUGUCAAUUUGAUAGUGUGUUUCUGAUUGCUGGAGCUAAUGGAGGCAGCUUCACCGUUCCACUCAUGAGGGAAAUUGUUGCUCGUCGUAAACGGCAAUUGACACCACCAGCAAACGGUCCGAAAGGAUCUAGUAUCCCCGAAGCUGUUGUCACACGAUACAUACGCUUCAUAUGGGUCAUGAAGUCCAAGGGCCAAUACCAAUGGGCAAGCGAAAAGAUCAACAGGGUCUUUGACGACGUGCAGCUGUUGCGAAGUGAAGGUCAUCUUAUUGAGCUUGACAUGAGUAUCUACAUGACCUGCGAUGUGAAUCUUGACAUUGACAUUAUCUCGCAACGGAAGUUUUCAGGUGGCGUCAUGAUUGGCCCGAAAGUUGCUCAAAGAAAGAACAUCGAGAAAACUUUCGUUGUUGAAAUGGAAAAAGCUACAUACAGCAGCUCAACGUCUUCUGACAGGUCUGAGCCAACUACUGAGCGGACUCGAACCAAGAAAGCUUGUGGCCCGAACGGAACAUGCUGCUGCGCGACUACAAUUGAAGACGAGGAUGCAAUAAGGCAUGCAGCUGAUCGACAGGUCUGUUGCUGCUGCACCGCAAAACAACAAGCAAACAUCUCAACGAAUCAGAAACAUGAUGAGAAAUUGUUACAGGAAAGCCGUCUUUCAGGUGAGGAAACAUUGACAGUGGAAUCAGACAGUCCCAUGACGGGGUUUCACUCCUCAGUAGCGGUGCUCACCGGACGACCUUACCCCAAGAUUCUUGUUCGGACAAUGUUAGAGAAAGCUCGGGGUGAGAGUGCAGUGGUCGUUUGCGGACCACAAGGAUUGAACGAUGAUGUACGCAACGCUGUCGUAGCCCUGAGUGAUGAGCGCGCGGUACAUAAGGGUACUGGUGCUCAAGGAAUCUAUUUCUGGGCGGAAGGCUUUCAGUAUUAA